AUGGAGACUCACUACAAUCACAGCCUCUUCGAGAGACGCCCCUUUCUCAAAUCCAAGGCUCCUGCAGUUAAAUGGGUCAAACAAUGGGUUCCCCAAGAUGUUGUUGCAACUGGUGGGAAGUGCAUGCUCUUGAAAUGGGUAACAGAGGAUGCCGUAAAGGCCUUGAAAGAAAAGGAAAAUGAACCUCUAGCGCCUGAGCCAGAACCCGAGCCAACUACUGAAGUACUUUUUCUUUGCAGCUACGAAGGCUGCGGAAAGACAUUUAUAGAUGCGGGUGCUUUGAGGAAGCAUUCUCACAUCCACGGAGAGAGGCAAUUUGUUUGCCAUUAUGAUGGAUGUGGAAAGAAAUUUUUGGACAGCUCAAAGUUAAAAAGACAUUUCCUUAUUCAUACAGGGGAGAGGGAUUUUGUGUGUCCUCAUGAAGGCUGUGGUAAGGCCUUCUCCUUGGAUUUUAACCUGAGGUCUCACAUGAAGACACAUUCACAAGAGAACUAUCAUAUUUGCCCAUACCCUGAUUGUGGGAAGAGAUACGCCCAUGAAUACAAGCUGAAGAAUCACAUUACUUCUCAUCAUGAAAAGAGUACACCAACACCAAUGGAGGUGACAAAGUAUGCUACUCCACAAUCAGAAAAGCAAACAAGAACAGCUAAACCUUCUGGGGCAGCAUAUGGCUCGGCAUCCUCUGAUCGCCCAUAUGCAUGUCCUUAUGAUGGGUGUGAAAAAGCGUACAUACAUGUUUACAAGCUUAGACUGCAUUUCAGGAGGGCGCAUCCCGGCCACAUUGAUGAAAAUACUGAAAAUGCCAACAAUGAAAUGGAUGAAGCAAGUGAUCAAGAUGCUUAUGGUGGAAAACAGUCCAAUGGUAAAAGUCAGAAGCAGAAUAGGCCUAAGCCAAAUGUGAAAGCGCCUCCUUCCAAAGUUCCCCAACGAAAAGGGUCCAAUCCCACUCCUGCCCCUUUAAACAUGGUUAAAAAACCUUGGCCUGUGAAAGAAGAAACUUACGAUGAGGACAGUGAAGAAACCGAGGAGGAUCGGGACAAUGUUGAAGAUGGUUGGAGAUAUGCUGGAAACAACGAAGAUGAUGAUGAGGAAACAGAAUAUGAAGACUGA